GUCUCAGGGCCGUCUCCAAUAAUAUCCAAACUGUCAAACCAGAACACACAUUUACCCACACCUACAUGUACCUACACCAUCUUGGGUGUCCAAGGUCCAAGGUUAAUCGUCGCCUGAAUAUCACUUUUCAACUUACAAAAUGAGUCAAAUUGAACAUUCCGGCGACGAUGAUAUCGCCGUCACUGAACGUACUCCUCUCGUGGGGGAUGUUGAGACCCCCACAUCAUCCUGGAAGCCCGGCCAUUCGAGGUCAUCGACUCUUGCCUCCAUCACCAAUGCUUCCAUCACUACCACGAUACCCUACAAGCCUAGCGCUGUCAUCAUUAUCUUCUACACCAUAACCUUCAUCACUUCUACUGCUGGCGCCUUUCAACAGAUUCCUAUGACUAGGAUCUUUGAGGAUAUCCUGUGUCACGAGUACUACGAUAAGGCUGCCAGCCUCGAUGAACCCAUCGAUGAAAUUCUUUGCAAGAAUGACACCAUUCAAUCUAAGCUUGCUUAUAUAUUUGCUAUCCUUGAGUCUGCCAACGCUAUUGUUAGCUGUAUUGUCGCACUAUUCUGGAGUAUAGUGGCCGAUCGAAUUGGUCGCAAGCCAGUGUUCGCCUCUAGUUCAAUAGGUAUGACUUUAAAUUUGGUGAUAAUCAUGGUCUUCGGCUGGUUUCCGAAUGUGCUUUCGAUCCAGUUAGUUUGGUUAGCAUCCCUUGCGCACAUAUGUGGAGGUGCGCCUGCUAUGAGCGCUUGUAUCUACAGUAUCCUUAGCGACAUCGUUCCCGAAUCCAACAGGUCAAUCACGUUCAUGCGGAUCCAUGUUACGAGUUUGGUUGGCAAUCUGAUCUCGCCGGCGCUAGCAUCUGCCAUGAUGCCCUCAACUGGCCCUUGGCCUGUCAUGUUGCUCACUCUGAUCCUAUGGAUCAUAGGUACUGCUAUGAUAGCCUUUGUCCCGGAAACAUUCCACUCUGGGCAACCUUCCAAUACAGAUGCAGAAUCUCCAUCUGUUACGUUUAAAGCCCGUGCGAUGCAGGGUCUGGGUCAGCUAAUCGACUCUCUGUCUAUUAUCUGGAUACGUUCCGUCGCCCUGGUUCUUAGUAUCUGCCUUUUAUCACUACCAGUCCUGAUGUGCACUUUCCAAUUCAUGGUACAGUUCAUUUCGAUGCGAUACCGAAUCCCCUUGGAAAAGACCGGUUACAUACAAUCCCUCUACGGCCUCGCGCAUAUAGUCGUAGUCCUCCUCAUAGUUCCGUACGUUUCUAGUCUCGUCGUCCGUCCAACAAUUCCCAGUUGGCUCCGUAUUGCCGAUGAUAAGCGCCGCGAUUUAGUGCUAGUUCGUUGGUCUUACGCCGCUUACGUCGCUGGCACUUUUAUUUUGGGAAUAUCUCCAUCGCUGCCGGUCUUCGUGGCUGGUCUCACUGUCAUGUCCCUUGGUUCCGGCUCUGCGAGCUUCAUCAAGAGCAUCGCAACUUUUCACGUCGACCCUGCGCAUCGAUCCAGGCUUUUCACUCUAAUGGCCCUCACGGAAGUGGCUAGCAACAUCUGGUCCACUCCUGCGCUGGCAGGCCUCUUCACGCUGGGUAUGCGACUCGGUGGGGGAUGGAUUGGCCUACCCUACCUUGGCGUAUCCCUUUCUUGUCUCGCUAUGCUAGUUCUAGCGCUAUUCGUGCGGGUGCCCGCUAAUGGUAAUGGCGAUGAAGAAUCAACAGAGUCUAGUGCAGAGUCUGUUAGGUCAAGAUAAGAAGCACUAAGCCUAUGCGACCCAAAUGCGGAUGUUUUAGAGUAGGUCUCGAGCUAACGAACCAUAUGGUAUACAUAGAUGGAGUGUCGGAACCCGGUCAAGUAUAUACGAAGGUCAUGUCAUUGGCGGGCGCUACAUUCAUCCCUUUGAUACCAAAAAGCGGGA